GAAAUUCUCCAGAGGCCAGACUGCCAUCUUCACGAUCCUGCGCUGCACAGACCUACAUAAGCUCAUCAGGCUCCUUGCUACGCAUAAUCCCGAUUGCACAGGCUCAUCAGCGUAUAUACAGACUGUGCACGACUCUCUACUCAACUUAUGAAGGUAUAUCUCUUCCGCCAUGCUCAAACAGACAGCAACAUUCUUAAAGUGAUUCAAGGAACUCUUAACACUCCUCUGAACAACCAUGGCCAUCACCAGGCCUCACUGCUCGCUCGGCGCUUUCAGGCCAUUAAACCUUCGGAAAAUCAAAUAUUUUGCUCAGAUCUAGAUCGGUGUAAAGAGACGCUUGCGCAUGUACUGCGAGAGCGUCCCUCGCCGAUUGACCUCGACGAUGUGGUAUACACGCCACUUUUGCAAGAACGCUACAUGGCAGAAUUACAGGGCGUCUCAAAAGACCUUGUAGAGAAGCUUUGCAGAGAACAGAGCAAAACCAAAUGGGAGUUUGGUGAAGGCUCGCCUGCUCUGAUUGCACGUACCGCCCGAUUCUGGCAAGAGCAUGUCCUUCCGCUUUACGCAGAUAGAGACAGCGAUGAUGUUGCAAUGAUUUGCUCGCAUGGCGGCACUCUACUUGCUCUGACAGGCUCGCUGGUGACCACCUUUGGCUUCAAGGCAUCGGAUGAGCUGCCGCUGCAUGCAGCGAGUCCCAAUACCGGUGUCACUUUGCUGGACACACGGACAAUGACUGUCGAGUUGUACGCCGAUGCGAGCCACCUCAAAGUUGAGGGUGUUGAAGCAUACAACAAGGACAAGAACAUGGAAAAUGUGGACGUGUAGACGGCUCAAUAGAUGAUAUAGAUGGCCACGGCGUAUAGAAGGCUACGGCCAGCGCUGCGAGUUGAUUUUCUGCGACGAAAUUCCCGUUGCCACAUCGCGCGCAUCAACACAACCGACA